UGAUGAUAGUGGUGGUGGAUGCGUGCCUGCGGUGCCGGUUCAGCUGCAUCCCUCCCUGGGCAUCUCACAGGAUCCCUGCAGAGCUGCUGCUGCUGUUGCUGCUGCUGAUGCUGCUGCUGAUGCUGAUGCUGCUGCACCUUAUUUCUGCUUCUUUUUAUUCUUCUGUCACCACUGAGAGCCACUCCUAUACUGAGCAACACAGCAAGACCUCGCUCCUCUCUCUGCUGCUGAGAGAUCUGCCUCGAGACGCCGUCGGGUUGUGUACUCACAGAGGCUGACUGGUGAAGGCUAUCUGUCAUGUUCUGAGGUCACAGAUCAUCAUUUCAAGCCGGCCUGGUCGCCUACAGCCCGUGAAGGAGUCCCUCGACUUCACAGCAGCACAUAAAGCCUUCCAUUCAACGAGCCCCGGAGCUGCAGCGAGAGGAGAGAGAGCGAGAGAGAGGGAGGGAAAAAUAAACACAGGUUUAAAAAGACUCUCUCUUCAUGAAUUCCCAAAAACCCUGAAAGGCAAAGAUACAGCGAGUUGUUUGGUGGACCCGGGGGACACAUGUGGACAAUGAGUAUGGCUUGGCUCUGUCUCCCAGCCUACGCUGUCCUGCUUAUGGGUUGCUUUCAUACGGCAGUCACAGAAAAUGAUGUCACCCCACGCCUCACCUUCUCCCACAGUGCGAAGGAGAGAACCACCAGAAGCUUCUCGGCCCGUGGCGUUGUGAACUUCACCUCGCUGCUCCUCAGUAAAGAGGACAACGUGCUGUACGUCGGUGCCCGGGAGAUUCUCUAUGCUCUCAAUCUCUCUGACAUUGGCGCCGGCAAACUUCAGAGAAACCUAACGUGGAAAACUCCAGAGAGCAAGAGAGACGAGUGCAGCUUCAAAGGCAAAGACCUGCAGACCGACUGCUUCAACUACAUCAAGAUCUUACUGCGUAUAAACAGCACUCACCUGUACGUGUGUGGAACGUAUGCCUUCAGCCCCAUCUGUGCUUAUAUAAAAACAGCCGACUUCUCCCUCGUCAGGAGCGACAGCGGCGAGCUCGUUACAGAGGACGGACGCAGUCGCUGCCCCUUCAACCCUGAAUACAAGUCGACCGCCAUCAUGGCCGAUGGAGAACUGUACGCCGGCACCGUCAGUAAUUUCCAAGGAAACGAACCCAUCAUUUACAAGAGUCUGAGUCAAGGGACUGCCCUGAAAACAGAAAACUCCCUCAACUGGCUUCAAGACCCGGCCUUUGUCGGCUCUGCCUUCAUCCAGGAGAGUCUGCCCAAGGGCAACCUGGUGGGCGAUGACGAUAAGAUUUACUUCUUCUUCAGCGAAGCGGGGAAGGAGUUUGAUUUCUUCGACAACACGAUUGUGUCACGCAUCGCUCGCGUGUGUAAGGGCGACAUGGGAGGUGAGAGGGUUCUGCAGAAGAAGUGGACGACGUUCCUGAAGGCUCAGCUCCUGUGCUCUCUGCCCGACGACGGUUUUCCCUUCAACAUCAUCCAGGACAUGUUUGUGUUGACGCCCAGACCGGAGGACUGGAAGGACACAGUGUUUUACGGCGUCUUCACAACCCAGUGGUACAAAGGGGCCUCGGGAAGCUCUGCAGUUUGUUCCUUCACCAUGGACCAGGUGGAGAAGGCGUUCAACGGCCGAUAUCGAGAGGUCAACAGAGAAACGCAGCAGUGGUACACGUACAACCAUCCUGUUCCUGACCCUCGGCCUGGAGCGUGUAUAACAAACGCAGCCAGAGAGCAGGGCAUCUCCUCCUCGCUGCACAUGCCUGACAAGGCGCUGAACUUCAUCAAGGAUCACUUCCUGAUGGACAACGUGAUCCGCAGCCAGCCUCUGCUGCUGAAGCGCAACGUCCGCUACACGCAGAUCGCCGUCCACCGGGUCACGGCCGCGCGCAAGGCCUACGACGUGCUCUUCAUCGGCACUGAUGACGGACGGCUCCACAAAGCCAUUAACGUCAACAACAAAAUGCACAUUAUCGAGGAGAUGGUGCUUUUCCGUGGUUCCCAGCCCGUGCAGCACAUUGAGCUGGAUACUGAGCAGGCUCGGCUUUAUGUUUCCUCUUUCUCAGAGCUGGUGGAGGUCCCGUUCGCUAACUGUACUAAUUAUCAGAGCUGUGGGGAGUGCAUCCUCUCCAGGGAUCCGUACUGUGCCUGGAACGGGAGGCAGUGUCUGGAUGUCAGACAGGCUCCCGCAAAAAAUGCGUGGCAGCAGGAUGUGGACGAGGCAGACACGUCAGCCAUUUGCAACAAAACAGCACCAAGCCCACGUUUUGCUAAACCUCCACCUACGCGAAUGUCUUCGUGCCAAGUGAUCAUCAUCCCCGCCAACACGUUCAAAGUGCUGCCCUGCAAACUGCGCUCUAACCUGGCCGAGAGGAGGUGGGAGUUCAGCGAGAGCGCCGGUCACUUCCAUUACCCCAGCCCGGAGGGGGGGCUGGUGGUGGUCGCUCACGCCGACAAGCAGGAGACCUACGAGUGCUGGUCGGUGGAGGAAGGCUUCAGGCAGCUGCUGGCAAACUACUGUGUGAGGGGCGAGGCCAAGCAGGAGAGCACCACGCUGACGGGCCGCUCGCGUACGCCGCACAUCACCCAGGAGGAGUUCAUCAUCCUGCCAGGAAAGGCCCUCCUGCCGCAGAUGAACACAAAGACCUACUGGAACGAGCUGAUCGUCGUCUGCGCUCUCCUGGUCUUCUCCCUCGUGGUCUUCUCCCUCUUUGUGGUUUACCGCAACCGCAACCACAUGAAGUCCAUGCUCAAGGAGGGCGAGUGCGCCAACAUGCAGCAGAAGAAGCCCAAGAUCGCGGGCAAGCCGGCCGAGAACUUGCCGCUCAACGGCAACACGGUGGCCGUCUCCGUGUCAGAUCACAAGGGCUACCAGGCCCUUAAUGACAACUACAUCUGCAGCACUCCGCCGCACGAGUGCUCGUCGCCUGACAACAGCAAGAGCUUCUCCGAGUCGGAGAAGAGGCCUCUGAACCUGAAGGAGAGCCACGUGGAGAUUUCCUCCGCGUGCCCGCGGCCACGAGUCAGACUGGGCUCUGAGAUUAAAGACUCAAUAGUGUGAGGAUUUGACUCAUUUUCAAGUGGAAGGAGAAAAGAGUGCACUUGGUGAGAGAAACUAAGAAGCAUCAGACUCGUCAUGGAGAAACAUUUCAUCCCACAGAGUUUGCACUUUUGUUUUGUCCGUUCUGUCCAUGUGGCCCAUGUAUUGUACACUUCAUCAUGUGUGUUCUUCCUCCUUGUUCAAGUGCAUUCAGAGGCGACAUGAAGAAGUUUCCAGGUUUGCCUUCAGACUUUUGAUACGUUCACACGAGGCUCACGGGAACGUAACGAGCGGCCGCGCAGCCGCCUGACCCAGUGACUGAACUCCAUCGCAUCGCUCACUCGCUCCGUCCAUUUCACAAAGAGGUGACGAUGCGCUGAGAGGUGCGUGUUUGGAAGUAAAUCUGUCUGGCCGGAUUUUUAUUUUAUGUUCCUUUUAAAGCUGGAGUGCUUUCAAACAAACAAAUGUCCUUUAGAUUCGAAACAGUUGCCAGACAAGUUCACACAAUGUUACCCAAACGAAAUUUCCGCUCUUGUUUUAUGAUAAGACAGACGAAGGCAACAACAACAUGGAGCGAGUAAAGUGAGACGGCUGCAAACAGGUUGGAGUUUCACUGAAGAAACAAAAAGAAGUGUUCAUGAAAAGUUACAGAAGUGAAUUAUUCUGCUUGAUAAUCCCGACAGGUUAAAUUUCCCCUGUGCUGCAGCUGUACACACACAAACUCUCGCUCAGUCAGAUCUGAUAGUUUUGCUUGACAGAGCCCGUUUUGAGUUGACGGACGCAGCAAACAAAUAGUGUUACAUUGUUUCCGUUUAGCAAGAAGACCCGGGUUCACGACCCGGUCGGAACAAGGGCCUUUCUGCUUGGAGUUUUUAUGUUUUUUCCGGUUUCUCCGGUUUCUCCGGUUUCCUCCCACAGCAGAUUUGGGGAUUAGGUAAAUUGGACACUCUAAAUUUACCAUACUAUAGGUGUGAGUGUGAGAGUGGAUGGUUGUUUGUCUCUAUGUGUCCCUGUGAUGGACUGGCAAACUGUCCAGGGUGUGACUCCGCCUCUUACCCUAUGUCAGCUGGGAUUGGCACCAGUGACCCUCAUGUGGAGGAUAAAGGAGUAGAAGAUGAACGAGUGAGUGAGUGAGUGAGUGAGUGUUUCUGUUUAAGAAGACCUCACAGAGGCAGAAACCCAGCUCUUCAAAUCUUUUUUUUCUUGUUAAAACGAAGGUUUAAAUGUUAUUUCAAAUGAUAUAAAUUCAACGUGCAAAGGCCAAAUUUACACCCUUCAUUUAGGACUGGAUUAUAUUUAAUUUGGAAAUUCAGCAAGCCACACGAUGCUUCAUCGCUCAUGUGAUGCUGAUGCUUAAUUGAUUAAAAAUAGUGUCCAGGAAGUUAAAUAUAUUGAAAUUGAACAUAUAUUAUGAUUAGAAUAUCCUAAACUGUCACUUUUAAAACCCAAUUUUUUUCUUUAACAGUGAAAUAUAAAAAUAAGACAUUGAAAGAUUCAAGUUGGAAAUAACACCGGGGGAAAAAAUCAAGUUCAGAAGGAUCUAAAACGUAAAAUCCGUUGAGACAGAUUUACUUCAUGUGUUUCCACUAACAGCUGAUUAACAGCAGUAUUUGUCGGUCUUUAUUUUCUCUCUUGCCAUCUGAUGCUGACGCUGUGCGCACUAUGUUCUGCAACACUCAGACUUUACACUAACAAGUCCAUGGUUGUUGGCAAGAAAAGGGGUAAAUAACCUCUUAACACAAAUAUAACACAACAACAAUAACAACAGAGAAAGGAGAGGAGAGAUUAAGAAAGUCGAUCGGAAAAAGAACCAAGAAUCCACCAAAACUUAUCCACCAUCUUAACUGUUUCGCUCCUAAAACUACAAGAUUGUAAAGUUUAAAAGAAAAUAAUAACACAAAUGUGCUUUUUGUUAAGUAUUGGUAUUAAUUGUUUAUACAAAUGUUAAUCUGUGGUAACUUUACCUAUCACAGGGGUUUCUUUCUUUUUUUUUUCUUUCACCAAAUGUGAUAAAGGGUAAAAAAAAAAAAAAGGUUCAUUCCAGGUAUUAUUAUCAUGCUGAGACAGGCAGUCUAUGCAAAGUAAAUAAUGUGAAGUGAGGUGACGACCAUGACGAGGAACCUCACCUCCAGACUGAGUAAGCACAAAGGUGUUGGCACUGUUGACGACUCUCAGAACAGAAGCACUGCAAACACACACACACACACACACACACACACACACUGUAACUAUAUGCAAGUGAGGAUCACCAAAUGAGGAAUAUACACCCACAGCUACAUGAUAUAUAUAUAUUUAUUAUGACUCUGUGACUCAAUGUCUCUUUAAAUUGGAGAUAUUUAGUCAUAGUCAUCAUUUUAAACGUUUGUAAAACAGAGGUCUUACACUCGCGAGCCGACUUAUUUCUGUAUGAUUUAUUAUGAACUACAGUGCUUAACAAAUGUAUUAGCCCACCAUUCAAAGCCACAGCUGCUGUAAAUUAACAGCAUUGUUAAUUAUUAAAAUUAUUUUUUGUAUGUUUCUGUAAUUGUUAAAGCUCUUAAUCAUGUAUACUUGUUAUCCAUGCAUUUUUAAAUUUACUGUUCUGUAAACAGAAAAAAGGUAGUAAAACACAUUAUUAUUUCUUUGAUUCAAAUGUCAAAUUAGAAUUAUUUACUUCAUUUAUGUGAAGCCCAGUGAGUCCGCUCAAAUUAUGGAUAUUUAAAGAUGAAUUCACUUUAUUUGCCAAAUAAAUAACAAUGUGAUGUUUGACUUUUAACAACUUAAAUAUUUAUGCUUUCUCGCUUUUAUGUCAGGUGGUUUAAUACAUUUGUUAACACUUUUAUUUUGAAAUUCGGUGAAAUAUCGUGACUAAUAUUGAUCAUUUUAACAUCAUAUCACUUUUUCUCACUUUUUACAGACUAUAUGCUCAUUGGCCAUUUGAGUUUGAGACCCCUGCUUUAAAAUAUCUAUCACAUCUCACGGCAGCAACAUAAAAUCUAUCCAUAACCUGAGUUAAAUAACAACACACAUGUGUAUAGUCUCAACUUUAAUAUUUAACAAACAUAUGAAGUGAUGGCCUCCGCUUGCUUGAAUGGUUUUUAAAGGCAACCAUCGAAGCAAUAAUAACCUUCAUUCUCAUCAAGUAAUAAUACACUUAAAUAUUGUCCAUCCGUCCAUGUUUUGAGAAUUAAAAGGCAUAUUCCACCAAAUUAGAACAUCAUAAAAUAUGUUUUGUUUUAAAAAGUUUGGUUCUGGAAUUGCAAAUGUGACAAUGCAGCAACAAUUUAAAGGCACACGCUCAGACUCAGACUGCAUAGGAUUUUGCACAUGAUGUUGGGAGAAGGGGGAGGGGCGGGGAAUUAAAAAGCCUUAGUAAAAAUGCAGGUAAUGGAUUUGAGAACAAAUCUGCCUUGGAGAAAACGGACGAUGCCUUCUGAAAUAACAAUAAUAACAAUAAUAUUACUAAUAACCAGGUCGUAGUGUUGUAGAUGUUGAUGGGACUGGCCGUGCUCGAAAACCGUGGUGAAAACAGUGAUCACGUGUAAUCUGAUACUGUCGACAUUGUACAGUGCUCACGUGUUUAUUUAUUUUAUUUUAAAUAAUUAUUAUUAUUGUGGUGGCUUCAACUUUUCAGUCAGGGAGUCAAAUUUCCUUCUUAAUAUUGUAGCACACGAAUAACCACUGGCUGAUUUUAUUUUUUUUAAAUACUGAAUAUGGAACAUUUCUUGUAAAAUACUUUUGAGCACAUAUGAAUUUCAAAGAGCGGUUGUCAAUAAUCAAUCACGCAGACUGUUAGCGAGGACACAAACAAACGGCAGCUUUUGGUUAAAAAAUAAAAAAAUAAAUAAAAGGCUGUUGUGCAGAAUAUUAGAACAAUACUGAGCUGAGUGCAGAACAAACGUAGGAUGUGGGGAUUUUUUAAUAAUACACAAGUAAUUACUUUAUGUGCAGGGUCUGAACACGCUUGUUUAAAGAGUGAAAAGCUUUCUCUUAACGAACCACUAUAGUCAGACCUCAUGUUUGUGGCAAUACAAGUCGCCGCCAUCUCUCCCCGACAUGUAUUAUAUUAAAAAAAAGAAGAAAAAAAACAGAAAAAAAGUUUAAGUGUAAAAAAAAUUACAUUUUUAUGUAAAACUGUUUUUGUAAAUUCAGCUGCCAAUGUAAAAAAAAACAAAAAAACUUGUGAAGUGUAUUUUAUUUUGUACGAUACAUCACUACUGUUUUUGUUUUCUUUUUGUACUGUAUAUAAAAAGCACUUUAUUUUAAUUUUUCAAAUAAAGAACAAAUGGAUACUUUUUUU